GCUCAUACAGCAGUGGGAGAAGGUAUAACACCCCAUCAACAUACAGCAUUGAUUAGUAGUGUUAUUGUUAUGUCUGGUGGUUCUGUAGCAAACUUUAAUUGUUCUAAAUCCACAUCUUAUAGAGCUGCGGAGAACAUAAUAUCUGCCAGGGCAAAAGAAAUAAGAGAAUACAUAAAAAACAUUGUAAUAUUAUCAGAUUCACUAAUGACUAUACACUUUGACGGAAAAAUAGUUAAUGAACUAACAGAGAGAAAGCAAUUUAAAAAAGAUAGAAUUGCAGUUUUGCUAAGAAUUGAUAAAAAAACAGAACUACUUGGCAUUCCUCCAAUAGAUUCUAGUUCAGGGGUUAAUCAAAAGCAAGCUAUAGUGGAAUUGAUGGAGUAUUUUGGAUUAAAAGAUAAGGUCAAAUGUCUCUGUUUCGACACAACUUCAGCAAAUACAGGAAGAUGGCAAGGUACUUGCAUGAAAUUAAUUCAACAAGUUCAACGUCCAUUGUUGUUGAUUGCAUGUUGACAUCAUGUAAUUGAACGACACAUAGCCCAUUUCUGGAAGAUUUACCCAAGCAGCGAAACUUCUGGUCCAGAAAACAAACUAUUUGAAGUUUUAAAACAAAACUGGAACAGUAUAGAUGCUGAAACUAAGGAACUGAAAAGAAUAAUAAUACCACCUGGAACAUGGAUAUAUAAUCAAAAAUUAGCUGCUGUUCAGUUUUGUAAUAAUGUGAUCAGUUUGAAGAUCUUCAAAAAGGUAUCAAAAACAUUUUAGGACAGAAAUAUAAGAAAAGAAUACCACGAGCUAGCUGAACUUACUUUAAUGGUUUUAUCAUCAAAUAGAUUUAAAUUUCAUUUACCGGGACCAAUUCACCAUUCAAGAUUUAUGGGAAAAGGUUUAUACUAUUUAAAGUUGUAUCUUUUAAUGAAUGAAAUCCAAAACCUAACUGACAAACAUAAGGAAGAAAUAACUGGUAUGGCUUUGUUCAUAAGCCUUUUCUAUACAGAGUGGUUUCUAAAAGCAGAGUUAAGUUCUUUGGCACCAACACAGGAUAUAAAAGCUUAUUGGCAAAUGAAAAGGUUUGAGGAAUGGAAUCUACUUGGCUCUCGAGCUGUUGCUAACUCUAUUCUCAGACAUACUUGGUAUCUGGAUCCAACUUUAGUAGUUUUUGCCCUAGCAAAUAAAGAAUGUAGGGAACGUGGUGAUAUGGCCAAAAAACUAUAUAGUUUACAAAGAUGUCCAAGUGAAAGUUUUCCUUUGGAACGCCAGGUAAUGGACCAAGCUAUAUUGAAUAGCCUCAACUUCAGUAAAGAUGAGCCCCCUAGUUUGACUCCACUAGUAACAGAAAAGUCGUGGCUUGUUUUUGUCAUGCUUAAGCAUGGAAAAGCAGAAACUCAAUGGAUGAAGACUCCACCAGAAGUUUGGAAAUUUAAUGAUUUUUAUGUAGAAUUUAGAGCAACAGUUAAGGGACUUGAUGUUGUUAAUGACUGCUCUGAGAGGGCAUUUAAGUUAGUUCAAGACCUAAUAAACAGAGCAUAUUCUGAGGGGAAAAGGCAGGACACAUUUCUAUUUACAAAUAGUUAUAAGAAAAACAGAAAAGGCAGGAAAAAAACAGAUUACGAAAAAGCCGCAAAUAAAGACUAGUUUCAUUUUUUUGUUUAUAACAAUUUUUCAAGAAAGAAUAGAGAGGAUCAUAACUUCACUAGGAUUUCUGUAUUUUAAUAUAAAAGAAACUUUACUACUGAUUUAAAAUCUUUUACAGUUUUA